GACCUGCCACUGUUGAAGACUUUAACUGGUACCAAGUCAAAUAAUGCGCAAGGAUAUUAUCCAUUCCACAACGCGUCCACCGUAUUCGGAUACACCAAGGAGAUGGGGCCAGAUGAAGCGGUCAUCGUGUUUCAUAACGUAGCAGAACACAGCUGGCCAGACAACCUCAAUUAUUCAAUCCGAAUGAAGAACCAGUUCAUGACAGACGGACCACUCUCUGAUGGCGAGGAGUACAACGUGAUUCCACUGCCUCAUAAACAAUAUGGAACAAUAUACAAGUCGUUCAUGCGACUCCAAUGGGCCGUAGACACCAGCUUCAUAGAAAUGAUGACCGGCAACGUAGUUAAACAGAGAAUGUCGGUGCAAGAGUUUCCAUACGUCAGUUACUCUAGCAUAGAAGAUAAAGGCGCCACUCACUCUCUCAAAUCGGACUUACUGUUUUUCGCAGCUGAUCUAGCAAUAUUGCCGGGUUUUUACACAUUAAUGUUACGCACGUUAACUGAAAAGGCGAAUGGAGUACAGGAGCUUAUGAAAAUGACGGGCGUGACUCCUUACGACCUGGCCACGUCUCACGUCCUAAACGCCCUGGUUCCUGGGCUGAUAUACUCGCUGGCCAGCACUGUGCUGAUGAAAAUGGAACCGUCGGCUCUGCUGAUGAAGUCACACUCGUUUCUCAUCUUCUUGGCCAUGUUCCUCCAGAGCUUGUUCACAAUUACUGCGGCGAUGGUCAGCAGUUAUUUGGCGAGACAAGCACCACCUACUGGACUGACAGUAUCAGCGGUAUACAUUUUGCUAACUCUACCGGCGUAUAUCGUCAGUAAUUUGGAUUUGUCUAAAUACAUGGUGUACCCCUGUGGGCUGAUACCUUUCAUGCCGCUCUCCUGGAUCUUCAAAGAAGCUUGUAAACUUGAAGCUAUGGGAACUGGGUUAACGCUCACAACCAUGAUGAAGUCCCACACAGACAUGUCGGGCCCGGCGCUCAUGGCGUACAUCGUCUUCGUCAUCCACAUCAUCCUGUGCGUGGCACUGUUCUGGUACCUGGACCUGGUCAUCCCUGGCUACUAUGGCUCUACGCAUCCGUGGAACUUUCUCUGGCAGAAAGAAUAUUGGUCCAAAACUGCAUCAGACCCAAAUAUCGGGACGGAGAAAAUAGAAAAGCCACUAGCACAGGUUCAAGACCCGCAGUACUUCGAGGAGCCUCCUAAACACCUGGAGGCUGGAAUCAAAGUCAUCAACGUCACCAAGGAAUAUCCUAAGCAUAGGGCACUGGACAACGUAUCUCUAGAAAUUUUUAAAGGUGAAAUCACUAUCCUAUUGGGACACAACGGUGCCGGGAAGAGUACGCUCAUGUCUGUCAUCACAGGUAUGACGGGCGCUACCAAGGGCAAGGUUCUCGUGAAUGGUUUUGACAUGAUGUCUCAUAAGGCGGCAGCGAGACAGCAAAUGGGCCUGUGUCCGCAACAGAACAUGUUCCUUGAAAGUUUAUCAGUCAUUGAGCACGUCAUGUUCUUCACGCUGCUAAACGGUGGCACAUUUGAAGAAGCCCGAAAAUCAUCAAAGAUCCUCUUAGACCAGCUCCAUAUAAAGGAUAAGGCUAAAAACAAAACUUCUCAGCUAUCUGGAGGUAUGCAGAGACGGGUCCAGUUAGCGUGCGCCCUAGCAGGCCAAGCUAGCGUACUAUUGCUGGAUGAGCCAACGUCAGGUUUGGACGUGGAAACCAGGCGUUCGCUUUGGGAUCUGCUAUUGUCCUUGCGAGGGACACGCACCGUCCUGCUGUCGACUCACUUCAUGGAGGAGGCGGACGCUUUAGGCGACCGCGUGGCGGCGUUGCACGCAGGCCAGCUACGAUGCCACGCUACGCCCAUGCACCUCAAGAGGGCCAUAGGUACCGGCUACCGCCUAACGUUCACCACGACCGGACUGCCUAACGAGCCAGCUAUUACCAGUGCUGUCAAGUCUGUGGUCUCGGAGGCCACAGUCAAAGAAUCUGGGUUCAAUUCGAUCUCCUACAACCUACCAUCUGCAAACAGCAAGAACUUCCCCAGCCUAUUUUCAACGCUGGAAUCCCAGAAGACUGAGCUGCGUAUUGAAUCUAUCGGAGUUGGAACGUCUACCCUUGAAGAAGUGUUCCUGAAACUUUGCAGUAAUGUUGAAACUGGUCCAAUAGCGGAGGAUGAAAUCAAAGGAAGGAAAGCGCCCAAGUACAAAAAAUUAAAGGGUAUACCCCUGUACUUCAGACAAAUGAUGGCACUAAUCAAGCGAUAUUUGAGGUUCCUUUGGAUCUACAAAAUCACACAAAUUGGAUUCGGAAUAAUCCGUGUUGUAAUCCUAAUAUUGGUCAUAACCGGUAUCACGAACGACUCCAAACAUCCGAAGAAAGACAAAACGUUUCUGGCCAUGAACCUCGACAUGUACAGACCCUCGUCAGACUACAGGAUCCUGUACAAGAUAGACGGGAACGACUCCGAUCUGAGGCCGCUAAGUGAUCAGUACCCGAGGGUGCAUUUUGAAAGUGCCUCUGACGUUGAUGAAGCUUUGCUUCGUUCUAGUCAGCAAGAUAAAAUGGAGUACAACAACUAUUUAGCUGGAAUAGAACUUAAUGAAACUGAUGCUAAGGUGAUGUACACAACGACAGUACGUCACGCUGCUCCAUCAGCUCUGAACGUACUAUCCAACUUAGUAGCCACCCGCGCGCUACCUUGGGCGGGCGGCCGCACCAUCACCACCUACAACCAUCCUCUGGCUGGCGCAUACACGCCCUACUCCUUUACGGAGAUAAAAGAACCGAAAAGUAUCACCAAUAUUAACCUUUGGAUGUUUUCUACAACUCUCAUGCUUCUCUCGGGCAUCAUCUUCAUGAUCCAACUGCCGUGCAAGGAGGCAGCGGGUGCGCGCCAUAUCCACGCCUUAGCUGGUUGUUCCCCAGAACUUCAUUGGGCUGCCCUGCUGUUAGCAUGUGCACUACAGGUGCUCCUCACGUACGUCGUCACUCUGAUCGUGGCUUGCACCUUCCUGGAUUUUGAUAAGACUUUCUCGGACAUGGAGUUUAUGAUUGCAGCUUCGGUGGUGGUGCUAUUGGGUAGCAUGGCGAUGCUCUCCUUUUCGUACCAGAUCACGAUAUAUUUCUCGCAGGGUCUGGCCGUUGGACUGAUUGCUAUCACAAUGGUUUUUUUCGUUCUCAUAUUUCCAAUACUUCUGGGAUUGGUGCCAUCGACAAGAGUCUUCGAACCAACGGCUGUGAUAGUAAUGCCUCCAUACACCUUCAACCAGGCAAUGGAGGGGUGUACCAUGACGGCAUACCUAAACGCGCUCUGCAAACUUAACAAGGACAAAUGCCCAACUCUCGUGAUGGCUAUCCCGUAUUUUGACGCUGACAAAUGCUGCAAAUCGGUGGACUCCAACCCGUGGUGCUAUUUUUGCUUCCAAGACGUUGCGCCUGGAAAAAAUAUAAUUUAUCUGACCGUCCAAAUCUUCCUGUAUAUGACUGUUGUGAUCUUAAGCCAAAGAGGCAUGUUCUGUGUGAUAUGGGAGAAGACUGUGAACUACACGUACAAGCCAGCAGCCCCGCGAUACAAUGAUAGGAUGGUCAAAGCAGAGCAGGAGUAUGUCAAGAAAACUAUCAAGCUUCCGCCGCAAUAUAUCCCAGACUUAAUGCUGGUGUCAAAAGUGCACAAGAACUACAGAGGCUUGACCAGUAGCUUCACGGCCGUCAAGGGCGUUAGUUUCUCCGUUAAGAGAGGCGAAUGUUUUGGUCUACUGGGCGUAAACGGAGCAGGCAAAUCUACCAUGUUCCGGAUGCUGACUGCAGACAUGUGCCCAACCAAAGGGCGCAUCUUUACUAACGGCCAUGAACUGACGUUUCCGUAUUCCAGUAAGUAUCUGUACUCUCUGGGCUACUGCCCUCAAUUUUGGGGCCUGGACGACUUCUUGACCGGCCGGCAGAACCUGGAUCUCCUUCUCGCGCUCCACGGCCUCAACGAACGCGACACGAAUGCCGAAACAAAGGCCUGGAUCAAACUUGUUGGCCUGGAAAAAUACACGGACCAGCUGGUGUCAGGCUACAGCGGCGGCUGCCUGCGGCGGCUGGCGGCGGCGUGCGCGCUGUGCACGGGCGCGCCGCUCACGCUGCUGGACGAGCCCACGGCCGGCGUCGACGUGGCCGCGCGUCGCCGCGUGUGGUACGCGCUCAAGCGCAGCCUGCGGGAUCAGCAUGCCAUCAUCAUCACCUCGCACAGUUUGGACGAGAUGGAAGCACUGUGCCAUCGUAUCUCCAUCAUGGCUGCCGGUGAGAUAUGCGCGUUGGGCUCUCCCGCCGGACUGCGAGCCGCGUUUGCUUCGGGGCACUCGGUCUACUUGAAGAUCAAGUAUGAACCGGGCGCGUCAAGCAUGAGACACAGAAGAUCUCGACGAAAGGGCAGUAAAACUGUCACUAUAGCACCAAACCCGAAAGCAUAUCGACUAAAAGCCGCGAUAGAGAAGAAAUUCAAGUGUACUCUCAAAGAUGAGCAUAAGACGAUGCUGCACUACCACAUAAACGAGACGAUGGAGUACAGCAAGCUGUUCCAAGAGAUGGAAGAUUUGAAGACCACCUUCUCAGAGUUGAUCGAAGACUAUACCGUCUCGGAGACGACGCUGGAAGAGGUAUUCCUAUCAUUCGCGAAGCCCCAGAACGGUCCAGCGGGUAAAUCUAAAUCGGGGACAAAGCCUAAAGGGAUUCUAAAAGAUGUGUCAGCUGGACCCGCGUAAUUAUUUUUAUCUUCCCUUUUUACGGAUUUGAGCUAUCAUGGUUGCUUUUGAAGUACCAUAAUUCUGAACGUAACCAAGAAGGAAAAAUAAUUACACUGAUCGAAGAUGACUAUGGCAAUAUUAUGUCCCUGUAUUAAAUCAUGAAAUCAUUAACAAACUCAUAGGGGAGUAGUUUUACAUUUUGU